AUGCCGACAAAGAGAACGAUAUUGUACCCAGAUAACUUGGGAAGCCGCUCACGAGCACCGGACGGAUCAGAGCCAGUGGAUGCGAAUGCGCUCGCCAAGGCACUGAAGGAUUAUGAUGAAGGUGGUAUUGGAAGAGAGAGAACACCAGCCUCAAGUCCGUGCCGAAAGAGACAGCGAGUCUACGGAGAUCGGUUUAUCCCAAAUCGUGAUGGACAAGACCUUCAGGCCACAUACAGUCUGCUCCAUGAGGAUGGGUGUCCAUCGACUCCUUCAAAGUCAAAGAGACGUGCCCCCCACUCCGAGCUGCACUUCCAAAAGACCGAAGAAGCGAACCGGACUUUCUCCCGAGUCCUGCGCAGUGAAAUCUUUGGAAAUACCGUUCCUCAACCCGACCUCACUUCCACCUCGCCUGAUCCAUUGUUAGGAUUCAACAAUGGCAUUAAUGACAAAACUCGAUCUCACACACCACCUACCCUUGUCUCCAACCUCCCACCCACCAACAUGACUCCUUCAACUCCUCACAAGAACCUUUUCAAUUACGGUCCUAGUCGCCCGGGCUCCACCCAUCCCACACCCUCCAAAACCCCCCGAAGUGCGCAUGCGCCAAAUUUAAAUAUCCGCUCUGAACUGUACAGUCUAUCGCCCAUCCGACUUGACAGUCAACGCAUACUUGAAACCCCGCGCAAGCAGCCCCGUUAUGUGAACAAGGUCCCCUACAAGGUGCUGGAUGCGCCUGAUCUACAGGAUGACUUUUACUUGAAUUUGGUGGACUGGGGAAGCAGUAAUGUGCUGGGGGUUGGACUAUCUAAUUCCGUCUACAUGUGGAACUCUCAAUCCGGCCGAGUCACCAAACUCUGUGACCUCAAAGAUGAUACUGUCACCAGUGUGAACUGGAUUCAGAGGGGUACUCAUCUUGCCAUCGGCACAGGCAAAGGUUUAGUGCAAAUCUGGGAUGCUGAACAUUGCCGGCGAUUACGAACAAUGGUCGGUCAUACUAAUAGGGUCGGUGCUCUGGCAUGGAAUGACCACAUCCUCACCUCUGGAUCUCGCGACCGUCUUAUCUACCAUCGUGAUGUCCGCUCUCCCGAUCAGUGGGUAAAACGAUUGUCGGGUCACAAGCAAGAGGUCUGCGGGUUGAAGUGGAACACCGAAGACGGACAAUUAGCAUCUGGUGGCAACGACAAUAAGUUGAUGGUGUGGGAUAAGUUGAGCGAAACUCCACUUUACCGAUUCUCAGACCACUGUGCAGCUGUGAAGGCUAUUGCAUGGUCACCUCACCAACACCAUCUGCUUGCAUCGGGAGGAGGUACAGCAGAUCGCACGAUCAAGUUCUGGAACACGUCAACCGGCUCCAUGAUCAAGGAAGUGGACACUGGAAGUCAAGUCUGCAACCUUUCUUGGUCUAAGAACUCGGAUGAGAUCAUCAGCACCCAUGGGUAUAGUCAAAACCAGAUUGUUAUCUGGAAGUAUCCUCGGAUGGAGCAGAUUGUCUCGUUGACAGGCCAUACAUUCCGCGUUCUGUACCUUGCUAUGAGCCCAGACGGCCAAACGGUUGUAACUGGUGCUGGUGAUGAGACACUUCGAUUCUGGAAGAUUUUCGACAAACGAGCUACCAGAGACUCGCGGCGCGAGGGUAGCAAGCUAUCAGAAUGGGGUGCUAUUCGUUAG